AUGAAAGUUCCGGGGCCUGAUGCUUUCGAGGAUGGAGAUUUGCGGACGUUCCUGGAGGAGUUUGAGGACGUUAUGGAACUGGUGGGAAUACGGUCGGACCGGGGUAAGUUGACCGCCAUCCGAGCGCUUCUCAAGGGUCUUUCUCCAGUGGUGUUGGAUGCGGCCCAAAGAGGCCCGGAGAAGAUGGAGUGGGCCACCGCGAAGGACGCCGUGACGGAAGGUUCCCCUACCGUCAUAGAUAAAAAGGGUAUGGCUACUGGAACGUUAGUUAAUGUCGAAAAGGUGAAGAGAGGCAAACAUCCUCAGGAGGAGAAGUGGGACGUCACUGAAAAGAAACAAAAUGAAUGA